UCCAUCCCAUAGACACAAUUUCAUGCACCGUUACAGUGUAUAAUUUUUGGACAAGGAGUUGCACGGUGGACAAUUGUACCUAAUGUAUCUCGGCAAAUUAGUGCGUCUGAUUUGUUUUUAGCUGGGGACUUCCGACAUUUUUUCCGCGCUUCGGGACGUAAAACUAAGCGCUGUGGAGACUGGAGCGCGCCGCCUCAAAUAGUCUAUGACCCAUGCAGAGCAUACAAAGCCCGAAGUAGGCUACCACUCGCUGUCAGGACUACUGUUUGUGUUGAUGUCAUCGGUGGCCGUGGUCGAACCGGAGCGACCCACGAUUUCUAGUCAGGAUUACUAGAAUAACCAAAAUAUAUCGUACAAUAAUAGUCGUGUUUUUGGCCAACAGUGAAUAUGGGAGUUCUGGCGCACUGUGUUAUUCUUUUUAUAUUCCAGCAUUUGACGUCAUCUUAUGAUUUUAAAGAAGGACUAUAUAACAGCGGUCAGUAUGAAUUUGUGAAAGAUCCCAGUUUGAAUAUCGAAAAGAGAUCACCAGAUUUAGAUCCGUUUGAUUCUGAAUCAUCCGACCACAUUAGGAGCAGAAGAAGUGCGAAUCAAGGGGACUGUAACCGUCUCCAGGGAUUCGACACCAAGUUGACUAACAACACCCAAACCUAUUCCUUCAAUGACCUGAGUGGGUCCGUGUCACUGGCCUGGGUUGGAGACGCCACCGGGGUCAUCCUGGCUCUGACAACAUUCCAGGUGCCGUUCUUCAUGUUGCGAUUCGGCCAGUCUAAACUCUAUCGAAGUGAGAACUACGGGAAGUCGUUCCAGGACGUCACAAACCUCAUCAACAACACUUUCAUCCGGACAGAGUUCGGGAUCGCCAUCGGACCAGAGAACUCUGGGAAGGUGAUUCUGACAGGUGAUGUGUCUGGCAGCCUGGGCUCUCGUAUCUUUAUCUCCAGAGACUUUGGGAACAGCUUUGAGCAGCAGGACCUUCCCUUCAACCCCCUGAUGCAGAUCAUAUACAACCCCAUAGACGCCAACGUUCUCCUGGUCAUCAGCAACACUAAUGAACUCUGGCUGUCUGAGGACUUUGGGGAGAAGUGGAGGAAGAUCCACGACAUGGUGUGUCUGGCCAAAUGGGGGAUGGACAGUAACCUAUUCUUUACCACCAACCUCAAUGGAUCCUGCAAUGAAAGGGGGAUGCUAGACUUGAGAAAGACGGUAGACUACGGGAAGACCAUCAAGACUGUUGCCAUUAAGAUCUUCUCUUUCGGCCUGGGGGGAAAGUUCCUGUUUGCUUCUGUUAUGACUGGAACUGGCACUCUGAGGAUGAUCCAUGUGUCGACUAACCAGGGGGAGGAGUGGAACAUGGCUCAGCUGCCUCCGGUUGGCCACGAGGAGUUCUAUUCUAUCUUGUCAGCCAAUGACGACAUGGUGUUCAUGCACGUGGAUGAACCAGGAGACACCGGCUAUGGCAGCAUCUACGUGUCAGACGACAGGGGUACGGUGUACUCUAAGUCUCUGGAGCGUCACCUCUACACCACCACAGGGGGAGACACUGACUUCACCAACGUUACCUCUCUACGAGGGGUCUUCAUCACCAGUAUACUGGCAGAGGACGGCUCGGUGCAGUCCGUGGUGUCCUUCGACCAAGGAGGGGAAUGGGUGCCCCUGCAGAAGCCUGCCAACACCAAGUGUGACUCCACAGCCAAAGACCCAGACAAGUGCAGUCUCCACAUCCACGCAGCUUACAGCACGGCUAUGAAGCUGAACGUCCCCAUGCUGCCUCUCAGUGAACCAAACGCUGUAGGGCUCAUCAUGGCUCACGGGAGUGUGGGCGAUGCCAUCUCUGUGAUGAAGCCUGACGUAUUCGUGUCAGAUGAUGGAGGUUACACCUGGCUACAGGCCCUGGAGGGACCUCACCACUAUGCCAUCCUGGACUCUGGUGGACUCCUGGUGGCCGUGGAGCACUCUGCUCAGCCCAUCAAAGACAUCAAGUUUUCCACAGACGAAGGCCAGUGCUGGCACGUUCACCAGUUCACCAGCGAUCCCAUCCACUUCACAGGGCUGGCGUCCGAGCCGGGGGCGAGGUCUAUGAACGUCAGUGUCUGGGGCUACAGAGACUCUCUGCUCAGUCAGUACUGGGUAUCAGUCACCAUAGACUUCAGAGAGCUGCUCACUAGAGACUGUGAGGACCAAGACUACGUGCAGUGGCUGGCGCACUCUGAUGACAUCAGCGACCCUAACGACGGCUGUAUGUUGGGUUACAAGGAGAAGUUCCUGCGUCUGAGGAAGGCCUCUGUCUGCUUGAACGGACGGGACUAUGAGGUCAACAAGCAACCCGCCCCUUGUCUCUGCACCCUGGAUGACUUUCUGUGUGACUUUGGGUACUAUCGUAAAGAGAACAGCUCGGAGUGUGUGGAGCAGCCGGACCUGAAGGGCCACGUUCUGGAGUUCUGUCUGCAAGGCAAGAAGGAGCUGCUGCAGACCAGAGGCUAUAGGAAGAUCCCUGGGGAUAAGUGUGAGGGAGGAACACAGCCGGAAAGAAAAGAGAGAGACCUCAGUAAGAGAUGUGUCAAUGACCUACUGGGACCUCAGGAACUACUGACGGACGGCCAUCUGUCCAGCUCAGCACCCAUCGUAGUGACGGUUCUGAUCAUUAUCCUGCUCAGUGUCGUGGCCGGGUUCCUCUUUGUCAAGAAGUAUGUCUGCGGUGGAAGGUUCCUGGUACACAGGUACUCUGUCCUACAGCAGCAUGCUGAGGCCCAGGGAGACGGAGUAGACGAGCCAUUAGACAGCAACCACACUCGGGCUAGCAACAAGACCAGCUUACACGAUUCAGACGAGGAUCUUCUGGAGUAACAGGUGGCAUUUCCAGCUACCAGGAGGAACCCCUAGCCUCCUGUCUCUCCUUUACAACCUAGAAGUUCCUGCAGCUACCAGGAGGAACCCCUAGCCUCCUGUCUCUCCUUUACAACCUAGAAGCUCCUGCAGCUACCAGGAGGAACCCCUAGCCUCCUGUCUCUCCUUUACAACCUAGAAGCUCCUGCAGCUACCAGGAGGAACCCCUAGCCUCCUGUCUCUCCUUUACAACCUAGAAGCUCCUGCAGCUACCAGGAGGAACCCCUAGCCUCCUGUCUCUCCUUUACAACCUAGAAGCUCCUGCAGCUACCAGGGGAAUCUAGUCUCCUGUCUGUCCUUAGGCUCACUGCUCUAUAUUGAAGAACAAGUUUGUCCUAUGUGUACACCGAGGCUCGCUGCUGCUCUCUCUUCUUCGCUUCCUGUUACUUCCUCCUUCUCCCCUCCACCAUGACCCUUUAACUCUAACCCCUGACCUUACAUCGCCUGGUGGAGAGUCCUUCUAACUCAGCUCUCAUCAGUGAGGUAUCCAAUGAGGCUUUCUGUUCUGAGUGAGACACACACAGAGUUCAGCAGGAGAGCAAAAGGGGGCCAGUAGUGUUGUUGUUGUGGUUGAUUUUAGAAUGUAUCUCCCAAGCUCCUUUGGGAACAAUUGAGUGAUGGAAUGUGGUGGUUCUGGACUACUGGUGAACAUUUAAAUAAUGGACCUCUGGAACUGCUGUGUAGAAGCUGUUUUCAUCAUCAUCGGCAUCUUCUCUUAACAACAUACAGCUAUCAUUUUUUUCAACCAAGUGAACAUAAACAACAUUACGGGUUAUACACGCUUGGGACUGGGGCUCUUGGGAAUAUUACGUAUACGCUUCUAAUGAAGACUUUUCCUGUUUCCCCCCCUCCACCCUGCACUGUACAUAAAUAGCUUUCCUUUUUUCAUUGAUGUGACAGAGUCAGGGACAUGGUACAUGGGUUGCUGUUGGGUACUGUGGCUUGGAAAAAUUAUUUGUAAGUAUUUUGCCUAACUAAUAAGAUGCAAGUGGAAAUAUUUAUAAGCAUUUAAAGUUGGAUAGCAAUAACAUGUUUUUAGAUCCACUGUAUCAACACACUGAGCUUUCAUAGCAGGAGUGAACGUCCUCUAAACUAGACUGAACUAAAGCAACGUAUCCUAACCCGAGAAAUGUGUACCUGACUCAGACUUCCACCUCCUAAAUCAUGCAUUUGAUUUCAAUGGGGUAAUACAAAUGUGUUGCGUGCAUGUAUUUCAAAUUAUAAUUUGGCUGUGGAACAAUGUCCUUUUUUUUGUAUUUGAAAACUGUCUGUUUUAGUUAGUCAGAGGGAGAAAAUCUAGUGUACAAAUAACUAUUGGCCUUACGCCUCUUCAUUUCUCAAUAAAAAAAUUCUUACUUGUGUUUUAAUAUUUUAAAGUAAUCCUACACCAGUGAAAGUAGAUCUAAAAGUGAAGAAUGAACAGUUGGAAUCCAUCACUGGACUACACAAUGAGUUAGCGCUAACACACACACACACACAAACAUCGAGGCUGCUACUGUGUCCAGGUGUUGCAUUGUGGGCAGAGCAUGUUUGAGCAGUAGAUAGGAGCUGAUAAGAUGGAGAGGGCACCAAUGUAAGCACAUUUGUAAAUGUAAUACAUAGAUCUGAACAUUAUUGAUGAAGCAGUUUGCUAGAAGAAGUGGGUUUUUAUAACAAUGUUGUAUGGAUGUGUAGCAGUUUAACACUGGCGUGCCUGUUGUCAGUGUGUGUAGAACCGACCUCUAUGUACUGUAGCUCAUAUGUGAAUAUGAGAUGAGCUAAUUCUACUGAAUCACAUAUUUUAUUACGGUUUAACUACAUGAGAAGGUCAUUGACUUAGUUUCACAGAGACAGGAUCAUUCUAACCUCGGAAGCCCAUUUGGGGGUAAUGUCUGUGUAGUAUGGGGGGUUGGGUCUGUGCCUUCCCAAUGAGUGGCAAGUGUAUGUACUGUCUAUAAUAGAUUCAAAGUGUGCAUCCCAAAUAGCACCUUGUUCCCUAUAUAGGGGACUACUUUUGACCAGGGCCCAUAGGAUGCACCCUAGAUAUCAGAUGUCUAACCACAGUUGCAUUCACUUUGUCAUUGACACCCCGUAGAUUGCACUUACUGUAAUUAUGUGAAUAAGGAUUUCACCUCAAAUGAAACUCCCUUCAAUACCGACUACCCUUCUGUUCAGUACAACUGUUCUCUGAAUGCUCUCCCAAUCUAUAAAGCAAUGGGAACAUAAUCCCUUGUCAUGCAAUACAACUUGAUUUGUCCACUGUGAAACAGACAAAUGCAAUGUUUCUAAUUUAUAAUGCAACCUAUACUUGGUGUUUCGGUUUGUACAAAAACAUCUCUGUACUUGCACAGGACUAAAAAUAAAUGUUGAUUGGCAUUAGAGGCAACACCUGUACUGUAGUUAACACUGGGAAGACCCUUGUUCUGAAUUAUUCAUACCUAUUUAAUCAUGCUGGUUUUAUGUCUUUGAUUUGAGAGGUGAGACUUUUUUUUCUUCCAUUUUUAGAAUGGCUGUAUAAAUAAAUAAUUGUGAUGGUUUCAAUUGUUGAA